UGACAUUGUUGAUGUUGACAAUCUUGUCAUCAUUGCAGUGUAAACAGAAACUACAAAAAGUAUUUAUUUUUUAAUUUUUAUUUUUAUUAGGGAACAAGUAAUCAAAAAAAAUGGGUGAAAUGGGUCCAGGCGAAUACUUCAUUUGUGGAGGAUUUGGUGGAAUAUGUACCGUAUUGGUAGGCCAUCCCUUAGAUACAAUAAAAGUCCGUCUGCAGACAAUGGCCAUUCCUAAAGCUGGGGAGUUGCCAAUGUACAUGGGAACAUGGGACUGUAUGAAAAAAACAGUAAGAAAUGAAGGCGUUAGAGGUCUAUAUAAGGGCAUGGGUGCUCCAUUAGUAGGGGUAGCUCCAAUUUUUGCAAUUUCCUUCAUGGGUUUUGGUGUAGGUAAAAAGAUUUUUGGUCCAAAUGAUGGUAAUCGUCUUACUUACACAGAACUAUUUGCCGCUGGUGCGUUUUCUGGCAUUUUUACAACCUUGAUAAUGGCUCCAGGCGAGAGAAUAAAAUGUUUGCUGCAGAUUCAGCAGGGAGCAAAUGCGCCAAAAGUGUAUAAUGGACCUGUAGAUGUAGUUAAGAAACUUUACAAGCAGGGAGGACUUGGUAGUAUUUACAGGGGAGCUGGGGCUACACUUUUAAGAGAUGUACCUGCUAGUGGAAUGUAUUUCCUAACCUAUGAAGCAAUUAAAGAUUACCUUUCUUCUAAUGGAGAUAAUCCACCCAGUAUCUUAGCAACUAUUGUUGCUGGUGGUAGCGCUGGUAUUGCCAAUUGGUUAGUAGGAAUGCCUCCAGAUGUAUUGAAGAGUAGGUUACAAACAGCUCCUGAAGGAACUUACAAAAACGGCAUUAGAGACGUUUUUAAACAGCUGAUGAAAUCGGAGGGACCUUUAGCCUUAUACAAAGGAAUAACUCCUGUGUUAUUAAGAGCUUUCCCCGCAAAUGCGGCCUGUUUCGUAGGUUUCGAAUUAUGUAAACAAUUUUUGGACUUUCUAUUCCCAAAGAAUGCAAAGACCAGUCCAGAGCAAAUCAAAUUUGAGAAAGAACAAAAAUAGAAUGACAACAUAGUUUUAUUAUUAAAAAAUUUUCAUUGUUUAAAUAAAAGUGGUUAUGAUUUAAAUAUUCAGGUGUGAGCAUAUUUUGUUUUGUGUUAUAUAUUUUAAUGGACGAAUUUGGAUUUGGAAUACAUUUAAAUGAACGACUGAAAUAUCAGACAACAGUAUUAGCAAAAUUAGACAUUUUUACAUCUAACAUUUAAUUGGAUAUCAU